AUGCCGCCCAUAAGGGCGAAUCAGGAGGCGAGCCACGCGAUCUGGAGGAUUCGUACCAGUGUGUGGAGGACAUCAAGUCCGACGUCACUUAUCUGCACAGCUGCAAGGACGUCGAAACGAACAAAGAUUGGCGCUCUCGGCAUCUGUGCCUCGGGCGGCUAUGCACCCUUUGAGGCACAGACAGAUAUUCGCAUCAAGGCUGUCGACACCUCGGCCGCAGUAUGUGCCGGAACCAUGACCCGACGUGGUCACGACAAAGAUUCUACCACUCCUGAUACCUUCAAGAGUCAGUUAGAAGCGGCUGGAAACGAUCGCAAGUCCGACGUCACAGGAAAAAAGGUGCCAACUGUGCAUUUGCUGCUGGAAAGGUUCGAAGACGCGGGAACUCUGCCAGAAUCAAUCCGGGGUCUCGCAUCGUAUUACCGCACACCAAGGGGAAAUCAUCCGCGUGCGACCAACACCACCAUUCCACGCAGCUGGGAUAUCAUGGAAAACUUUGAUGCCUAUGCGUACAACCACUUGAUCAGCCCGCCGAAGGAACUGGUCGUGCUUGAUGGACUUACGCAUGCAAACCUGUAUGAUGACGUCGAUGAGGCAGCAUCGAAUUGUACCGAGUUCUUUGGGAAGUAUCUCAUUCAGAACAGCAGGAGUUUCUGUUUUGAACUCGUUCAAUACGAACCAUUUGUGGCCUUCUAA